AGAACAUCUGGUUGUGUAACAGAGUCAACUGACCUUCUCCCUUUUCAUUCGUCCAAAUCUUCAUUUCUUUUCCAAAAUGCACCUCUUUCUUUCUGUUUUUCUUCUGCUUAUCCUACCGUUAAUUUCCACCUCAGCAGUUGAGAAUAAUCAAAAUAUUGUGGAUUUUUCUGUGAAAGAUUUCAACAAAAAUAUUAAUUCAAUCGAUAUUCUCAACAAAAAAUGGGAUAUUGUUUCGAAAUAUGUGAAAUUUAAUGGAAACUCAUCGAAAUUGAAUGGAAGACUCCGAUUAUCGGAAAAAAUUGACAAAAUCAUUUUUAAAUUGGGAGACGAUGGAGCUAAUCAGAAUGAAAUAAUAGUUUCCUUGGGUAAUAGAAAUACAACUCAUAUGACUGUGCACACGGAUUCAUACAAAAUGAAAGUAUCCACUUCGAAGCAAGUUGUUCGGAAAGAACUGUCUCUGAGAACUGGUUCAUCAAACGAGAACGGAUGUGCUUGUGUACACGGAAAUUGUGCUUGCUGCCUAGAAAUUUCUGUUCCAGAAUUCAGACAUUCAGUUUGUGUCAAUGCAACCUAUAACCCAGUUUCCAUUGGCUUGGAUUUGUCGAUUGGAGUUGAUGGACAUUAUUUCAGUGAAGAAAUAUCUUUGAGAAACCCCCCACCAGUCUGUUUUUCUCUUCCGAUUCCCGGCGCAGAGCACAUUGCAGGAGUAUGUGUGGCAUUCACAAAGUUGGACUUGGACAAGAAGGAGAAAAUUCUUUCCGGAUGCAUGGAUUUCGAAGUGGAAUUAAUUCAUUUAAGAGUUCUUACUUUCAAGCUUGGAUGUUUUAGAAUGCCAAUCUGAAAUUAAACAAAUAUGUUAUGUUGUAACAGUUUGGUGCAAACUGUUAUGUCAAAUCAAACAGAAAAAGUUAUGUUUUUUG